AUGGGACUGAGAGCGGCCGAGGAAUUUUGUGAAGACGGCGGGGGCGUAGGCAAGUUCGAAAGCGGCUUGUACGUCCUCAUGAAAUACUCCUCGUCAAAAUCAAACUCAUCGUCCGACAUGUCCUCAUCGACAACCUUCUUUGCCAAAGAAGGAGACAUGUUUGAACGCAUAUCAAAAGCCAUUUUAUUUUGCUGGUCUGUCGGGAGCUCGGACGCUAGGGUAAGAUCCAAGAUGGCGAACUAA